UUGCACCUGCUUUCGCGGAUACCGCGUCGACAUAGCGCAGAUUCGUGACAAAAUAACGUGUGUAUCCGCGUCGCUUUGCUCUCUCUCUAUCGCCCGAGUGGGAUACCUGAACAUUUGCUUAUCGUAAUGGAGAUUGGGGAGGUAUAUACUCAAGGUCAUUGAGUGUUAUAUGGCUAUAUUUGCGUUGUUAUUUACACACACACGCGCGCGCGGCGCUAUCGUCACGUUAUAGCGCAGCCUACAAUUUGUCCGUCCAGUGUGUGUUACUUGUUAUAACGCGGUGCGGCGGAGCGUUCAGGCGAGCAACCUACUGUGGAGUUAUAUUUUGUAUUUUCUCUUUUGACACUGCAAGCUUUCUCGAACAACAUGGAUGGGAAAUUGAAACCGGGUCGGAGAUGCCGGACCAAGCGGGAGAGGGUGCGGAGGUUGCGGGAGGCAGGAAGCAGAGACGCCCGCAGCCCCGACCCCAACUCCUCCUGCUCCGACAGGGAGGGACACAGUCCGGGGAGGGACGCCGCCUCUCUGCCCGGUAAAAAGGCGCCGCACCCCGCGGCAGCCGCCAGAGCUCCGCGUCCCCCCCGGCGGAAGAGACGGGAGUCCAGCUCGCAGGAGGAGGAUAUCAUUGAUGGAUUUGCUAUCGCCAGUUUCAUCAGCCUGGACCGUCUGGAGAAGAAGGCCGGAGUUGUGAAGACGCAGGAGAAGGAGCGGUGGAAGGAGAAAAAGGUGGCGAAGCGGCAGAAAAGGGAAGAUGAGGAAGUGGAGGAGGAAGAGGAGAACGUCGAGCCGGUUGUGGACGCCCUGGAGAAUGGGUUCCUUCAUCACGCCCAGCGGGAGCAGGAGAGAAUGACCGAGAGGCUGCUGAAGAAGACUUACUCCAAGAAGAACAAAAUGGUGAGUGGAUCUGACCCCAUAGCCUUUUUUUUUAUUCAAGAAAUUCUCACUUGACAGUAGUUCAACCUAGGUUACAAAAGGGACUUUUUGGUUUGUGGAUAUCUUGCUGACAAAAUGAAAGAUGUCUGAUGUGCUGGCUUUUGUCAUGAAGCUGAGUUGGAUCUUCUGGCACGACUUCACCUGCUUCCAAAGUGCACGGAGAAGGGUACAAGUCUGAAGAGGUCAAAACUCCAGCAACAUGUGUCGUGUAUAUAGGACAUCUUUAUUGUAUGACUGUGGCUUUUCCAUGAAGGCAGAUGAGCAAGUCUGACUGCUUUGUUGUGAUUUGGCAGUGCUGUUCUUUCCAUCUUUCUUUAAUGAAGACCAGGACAGGCUUACCUCCAAAUCUAUACUUUCUAUUCAUCUAACAGCUGGUCCACAUUCCCUUUUUAAGCAGAACAAGCUCUACAGUGAAUCUUCAGAAAAGAGGUGAACAGUGUGAACGGAGCCUUUACGCUCGUGUCAAAUGUGACUUUACUUAUUCUGGUGUCAGCAGGGACUUUGUACCGCAGUGCUGAGGUUGUCAAGCGACACUUCAGUCCAUUCUAUCAGUCCACCAUCAAACCCUUCUCAGUUUUCAACACUUGAGAAAGUAAUUUUCUUCAAAUACUCCUUUUGUGAGCAGUCUCUAAAGCCCAUUCAGAGCUGGCAAACAUUGACUUUCUAUUGCUACAGUCAUUUUGAAAUUUUUUUUUUUAUCUCUUUCAUUGUUUUUGAAAUAGAAGCUUUUGACACUACUGACGUUGCCCCCUCAGGAAGUCCAGGUUAUUGACAGAAUCUUUUUUUUCUUUGAAUUUUCUUUGUCAGCGGCAGCUUUUAGUAAUUGGUUAUCACGUCUCUCACACUGGUUGGUGGUGACGUUGAGCGCUUCCUUCUGCUUGCUGCUGUCUAAAGUGACUUGAUGUUCUGCAUCAGUAGUGACUAAUGCAGUGCCCGGUCAGAACGCUUGGCCUGUGUGUGGACGCCAUACUGUCCCCUUUUAGUUCAAGGCCCCAGGCGCAGAAGGCCAACAGUCAUCUGACCCUUGAACUAAAAGGGUCAAAAACAGCUAUUGAUUUAUUAAGAUGUUUGAUGAUAUGAAAUAUAUUGAAUGAUGUUACUAUUCUUACUCAUUGUACCCUGAAAUAACUUACAAAAGACCCCCAAAGCACUUUACUACAACUCAGCCGUAUAGCCUAUACUACUUACUGUGUAGCUCUACUUCACAGGAAAACAUUGUAGUACUACGUUUACUUGACAAACAACUCGUACUGGUCACUUUGCAGAUUAUAAAGUUAUAUAGGAGAGCAUGGAUUUAAUUAGCGGAUGCAUUUUGCAGGCGGUAACGUUAUUAGUGUUGUAAGUUAGUAUCAAGUCUUACAUCAGGGACAUUUACUCACGGGGCGGGGGGGAACACACCCAAGCGGCGCAGUAGUAGACUACUGGCUGCAACAUGGAUGACACUUAGCAGAGGCAUUCAUCUCCAAACGGGCAUAUUACCGGCUGGCUUUGGCAUAACCACCACGGUUAUAGAGAAGAGAAUGGAUUUAAUGAGUGCAGUUUGAAGUUGGCUAAACCUUACAACAUUUGUCUGCUUGUGCUCGUUGACUCCAGGGAAAUAAAUAAAAGUUUGGUAGUAACGUUAUCUAGCAUUCAUGUAGCGUUGGCAUAGGGUUAGGCGUCAGCAUGUAAUCACUUGUUGAUACAAGGUGGAUGGCUAGUACUUGUCUAAAACUACUGGCACAGCAACAACAGACCAGCUAAUACAGGGUUGAGGCCACAGUCGGAUAUGAAGCGCGACACACUGUAUGUGACUUGUAUUCACUGAUGAGCCCCGAUGCUACCAAACAUGGCUUCAUAAACAAGUUGCUGGUAAGCUGCCUUCAGGUGGAUUUAGCUCGCGACCCCAUUCUUGUUUUUCUUCACGACUUUUCUGUUUGUUAAUGCGGAGAGAGGGCUGCCAACAUCCCGGCUUCAAGCACACUGCUGAGCCCACAGACUCGGAGUCUGUCCCAGCGAGAUAGCCCAUCGAUGUGUUAACAGUUUGUUUAAAUGGGUGGAUGUUUUUUUUCAUGCUCCUGUCUGAGGCCAAGCGCUACCAUAGUGCUGCUGAGGAUAAGAGGGGAAAUGUAGUCAGGAAGCCAAACUAAAUAAUGAGGCUGUGUAGCCCGGAGGCCUCCUCCACAGAUAAAAAUAUCUCUCUGAGAUAAGAUUUCCUGAGGAAGUUAACAUGGCUGAAAAUGAGUUUGGCUGUGAUAUUUAGGUUGCUAAGAGACAGUGAAAGAUUAUGUAUUUAGCUGAUGCUCUUAUCCAGAGUUUAAGUGCAAUGGGCUGCAAUUACUGAACCAGAUCUACAUUCUAGUUCGGAUAAUAACUCCGUAAUAUUUCCAAACUGCUGCUGUCAUGUGAAAACCUUGUAACUUCAGCUGUGCUGAAUUUCAUAUUUUGCAGUAACUUCAUCUGAAGAUUUACUGCACAUAUUCCCAAGGACAUUAAUAUAGUAGAGAUCACGAAACCAGCUCAAAACCCACAGGAAGACUAAAGCUGAAACUAUGUUUUUUAAUGUUUCCACCCAUCAGCAGUCAGAUACUUUUUUGUCCCUGGAAUAUAUAAUGGGGAAGUAAAGAAUCGGGGGUAAGAAAGUUUAAUAUUUCAUAUAAAAUGUUUGAUCUUUGGUCGUAAAAUAAGCAGUAUUUUUUGCUUCCCAAGUGAUAUUACUGCAUAUUGAAUAGCUCCAUCUUACGUCUAUUUAUUUGACAUUUUGCUUGUUCUUCCUUAAAGCAAUUUGAAGUAAUAUCUGGAGGUACAUCAACAAAUGCACCUCCCUGAAGAUUUAGGUUUUUUUUCACUGCCAUCAGCCAAACUACAAAUAUUAUAUUACAUUUUUAAGGAAUGCAUAACAAGAUGUUCAUUUUGUCACAGUGGAAGUGAUGAGGUAACAGGGGUCUCAGGGUCCUGGAGGCAUACAGGUCCUCAAAGGACGGCAGAUUGCAGCCAAUCACGCUGCAGGCUGCCCUUGUUCUUGGUUGAGGCAGCUGCGUGCGUACCAGACUCUGAUGGAGGAGGUGAGGAUGGACUCUCAUUGACUUUGGCAGGUUGAACUCCUUCAGCUGCCGCUGGAAGUACAUCCCUUGCCGUGCUUUUUUGAUCUCCCUUGCCAGAUGGACUGAUUUAUACAUAGGCCCUGUUGCUCUUACUUCAUUUCUAAACUUUCCAAUCCCUUCUUUUUUAAAUCUCAGUGUCUAGCUCAAGCAAUGUUUGACUGUAUCACUUUGUGAGUAGCUAAGACAUCUUUUAACCUGCGCAGGCUUUAGUUCUCAGCAUGCUGAAACCUUCAGCGUGCCUUUGAUGCAUAACAGAACGCCCAAUUCCCAGCUACACUUUCACUGUUUCCAGUAUUAACAAUUAUGCUUUGGGAAACAGCAACACCCAAAUUCAGUCAUAAUCACAGCGCAGUUAAGACUCGGCACAUGAUCAUGUUGCAUGACUAAUUCAUUAUAGAUAACAUUAUUAAAAUUGAAACGGUUGAUCCACACCUUCGAGUAGAUCCUCUCUGCUUUAGUUAGAAGCAUAAAAGGUGUUUGAUCACCACACCUUUUGUGAUAUGAUUUAAUAUGCAAUAUAAAUUGUUUCUAAAUAGGAAUGUGUGCAUGUGUUGCUGAAUGUCUUACAAAACCUGCCCCGUGAAAACCUUUUGUAGGAGUGUAUGAAGAAUUUGAUUGAUUUCAUUCUCAAUUAUAUAUCCUUACAAAUACAGACAAUAAAUCUAUCAGGUGUCGAUAAAUGAGUUGUUGCUGAGUCCAAUCUCUCUGGGUCAAGUGCACAUCAAAGAAUUGUUAGUCAGCUGUUUUCCAGAGCAGCAGAUCACAGCAGCAGUAACACAAGUAUUGUUGUGACUCUGGAGAGGAAACUGUUUUGAGUGCUUGAUACCAGCUUAGGAGAGAAUGAUAGAGCGAGUAAUAAAUAGUUAUCUAUUCUUACUUCAUCCUUAACGCCUGUCAUGUCUUCAUGCGCUCUAAGUGUCUUUGAUGGAUGGAAUCCCAUAUAAAACACACUCGCUUCCACGAGGAGCCCUUUGUGGAUUUCAUCUGCCACAGAAAAUGUCCUUGGCAAUAGCGCCGCCAGACUCUGUCGUGUGGUUUAUAUUCACAGUUCAUUUAACAAUCCCAUGUAAACAUUUACUCUUACUUACAUCCAAGAGGACAAACUGUAGAUCAUUUUAUCCAACAAACACUAAACAGAUGGAUGUGCAGACGUAAAUAAACACUUUUGUUGUAACUGUGGGAAAAGGGCAACACAGAGCAGCCAUCUGAGCUUCAAAACAGGCGUUUAUGGCAGAUGAAAUAGAUGGAAUACACUGAUAGGGACGUAUACUUUAAGUCUCCACCACAAUGAUCAGCUGCACUUGGAGCGUUACUACUCUGUCCUUCAGGCUGCCCUCUUCGUGUCCAGCUUAGUUUCCCCCAUCCAUAUCUCUUUUCUGUCUCAAGUCAGAGGGUUCCCUGGUGUAUGUCACACACUAAGACCCACAGGCGCGGUGAUGUGCUGGCACCCACGAGCCAGAAGCACGCCGGAGGACAGGAGCUGCAGUGACAGAGCGGAGUGUGUCACAGAGAGGCAGUGUGGUGGGGCGGGGCACUUGUUCUAAUUGCAAGGCUCACAGGACCUCAGGAAUGGUCGAGCAUCGUGUGUGUGUGUGUGUGUGUGUGUGUGUGUGUGUGUGUGUGUCAGUCAACUGAAAUAAGCAAUUAUUUUCAAUGGGUUAAUAGGCCCUUAAAGGUGCAAUGUGUAACAUCUAGACAUGUUGACGUUUAGUUUAAAACAUUUAAACAUGAACAUUAUCAUCAGAAUGUGAAGAGUCAAAUACGUCACGCUAACUGGCUAGCCACGGCCUGUCCUGUCAAAUAUAGGCUACUGCUUGUACCACCGGAGGCGAUAGAAAGUCACUGUAGCAUCCAGUCUGCCUUGUCAAUAAUGCAUCCAUGGUUCAUGUGCGUUUGCUUUAUUUGCCCUGCUGUUAGUUGGUAGUCAUCAUAAUAAUAAUAAUAAUAAUAAUAAGUGAUGACUGUGAAUUUAGAUUGUAUGGACCCAGUAGUGAAAUGCUGCCCCGAGUGACAGUUCACACAGUCGUUAUCAGCUCACCUCUUGGGCUACUGUUCAGAGAACCAAUAAAAGCACAGUCAGUUUGCUCCCUUACUCAGCCAAAGAUGGCACAAAACAUACACACACCUGUGUAGAGCAAAGCAUUAUCAACACAAGAACAUUUGAUAACAAUCACCCUUUUGUCAUUGACAUUGUAGUUCAUAAUAAUCUCCAUAAACCAACACACUUGUAUGACCUGCAUUGUCCUCUCAUUCCCUGCUGUAAGAUACUAGAAACGCAGCUUGCAGGAAGCAUUUACACGAUUAUGACCUUCAAUAUGUUUCAAAAGGGAGUCAUGAAUAACGCAUAAUGCUGAGUCGCUCAAGCAACACACUGAUAGCUACACGUACACAUCACCAUCCCCGUCCAUUAGUGGCAUACCCUGUGCUGUACACACUCCGCACUAGCAAUGUGAUGUAGGGAAACAUCUCUGGACACUAUUGCCUUACUAUCGUUCAAGCAGGUGGGUAUCAAGUGUCCUGCAUGCCCCUGUCCUGUCAUAUCUAGGUAUGUGUAUAAGCAGUAAGCCAGCCGGAGACAGAUCAGAUUAGCUGGGGCAUUAACAGUGCACUGGAGCAUAGUUCAGGGGCAGCCGGGGAGCUGCGAUAGAGAGUACUGCCGCCCAUUGGCAGUGUGGCAGCGGUAACAGCGAGGGAUCAGGAUGACUGAUAACGGCGAGGUGGUUGUUAUCUGGGGAGCCGCGACCCUGAGCGGCAGCAGCUCGGCUCAGGAGACAAUAACUCCGCUGGCUAACCAGCUCCCAGCCCAUUUGGCUGGAGAUCAAGGUGAACCCUUUCACCCCGAGUCAAUCUGGGCAAGUGGAUUGAGCUGCACUGUUGUUGACUCACUUUAAUAACACAAAUGUCAUAUACUGUAACUUAAAUGUACUUUGCACAUAGCUUUUUUUUCCUCCUCCAUUCAAGGUAAUAUUUGUUCCCCUUAUUCUCCGAGAACGACCACAUUUAUUUCACUGUGGUCGUUUCACUUUAUUUCAUCUGCUUAUAAUGUUGUGGCUGAUUGAGGAACUUAAACAGUGUCUAGUGUUGCACUUGUAAUGAGAUCAGCCCUAAAAUGUGACAUCCUUGAUGUAAUUAUAGAGUCGGAAAAAAAGCUUGUUAGUGGUAACAUGAUAGAAAGGGCCUUUACUCCUGUUACUCCGGUUAACACUGCAAUUUAACAAAGAGCAUUAUUAGAUGAGUAGAUAAUGAGGUACGCUGCUGAGGUGUCUGCAGGCACAUGACAUGUGAGAGUGUGUGCAGAGAGACGGAGAUGAGUGGAGGAGCGUGACUUGUAAUAGACCCUGACAGAUCAAUUAACGAGCUGCAUGUAACAUCGACAUGCAUGCAUGAUCAAACGGCAGUGUGUCUCUUCCUCAUCAAAGACCAACAUGCAUGUGCCUGUGUUGGACAGAGAUACAUAUGAAUCCUUGUUUAUCUACUGCAGUUCAACCAAGCCUGUGUGAAUCAUGACUCUAUUAAGAGGCCACCUUUUAAAUGAAAUGGGCUUGAAUCAAUGUAAAUAUACAGUGAUACUGCAAAUUAGGAGUUUAAAAUGAGUAAUUUAUGACUUAAUUAACUUCAAUUGCUGCAUUAGGAAUUACAAGAACAUUUGAUGACACUCCAGCAUAACAUAUAAUAUAGUAGCAUGGGCAUGUCAUAAAUGUAGAGAAUAAUAAAGCCAGCUAAUUAGAUCAGUGAUCAGACAGUGACUAAUGUAUGUAAUGUGUUGUAAAACUGCUUGCUCAAAUUGUUAAGCACUUAAAAGUUCACACAGCUGCUUUUGUUAAGUAGUUGUUGGAGAAUCAAAGUGAAGUAUUCUUUGAGUCACUGAUAUAUGAGUCAAUCGAAGGUAACUACUUCCUAUAGAUGAUAAAUAAUUGCAAAAAUGAAUUCUGCAACUUAAACUGAAUACGUGUUUACACACGUACCUUCCUCUCUGUGUGUUUUCAAGCUUCCUAACUGCAGACGACCUGAACACAGUGGAUUUAGUGUGAUGAUGGGGUUUUCCUCUGAGGCUGGUGGUGUUGACUUUGCCCGGGAUGCCGAGGGGAAGGCUGGGGAAGAAUGAGGGAACAGUCCCAACGGUGUUGAAAUAGAGGUGGGGAGAGAGAGUGCUGCUCCAGUCCCAGGGGACGGUCUGGAGUUGAACCGGGUUCCAAUCUGAACUGGCCCCAGAUAGUGAGAGAUGGUUAAUGCAGAGGAUAUUCAUUGAAAGAUGUGACUGGUCUGUCAAAAUGGAUUGGAAAACUGAUGCCUCAUAGAUACGUUUGACACGCUACGAUAUAAAUGCCGCUGUGAUAGAUGGGACCCACAGGAGAAAUCUCAACACACCAGAAUUCAAUGGGAAGACUGGUCAAAUGACUUUGUCAGAUUAGAUAAAUGCUACCUCCAGGAAAGAAUUAAGCCCUCUCAGGAUUUCUCCUCAAGAUCCAUAACCCCCUCCACUCCCAACGGCUACAGCCUCCCAACCCCUUAGACGAGGAGAGAGAGAGAGGCAGAAAGACCGCAGAGACAGAGACCGAAAUAGAACUAAAGGGAAGCCAAUGACAAAGCCAGACACCCUCUGCGCCUGCUAUGCUUAGCCAGGUGAAUAUUGCAUGGGACAGUGCACAGUGAUUAAUGUCAGGCCAUGUAAGGUUCUUGACCGAGUUGCUGUACUGUAGGUCUACACGCGCACAUAAACACACGUCCCAUCACUUUUAACAAGCCACAGCCAUUGAGAUACAGCAGGGCUACUUCAGAGCAACCACUCUGGGGACAAUUAGGUCUGGCAACAUUAAAUGACCAGGGAUCUAAAGUCGCGCUCUGUUGGAGUUGAGGCUAGUGCAUGCUGGGAUUGGACUGGGUAGCAGAGGCAAGGAGGAACUCCUCCUGGAUGUGUGCUUUCUGAGGUGUAGGUUUGUUUUUUUUCAGUGCAGUCGUUUUGGACUCGGGGGGGCAAUUGUUUGCUGUCAUACAUUUGCCAGGACAUCCUUUAUCUGCGCUUUGCUAGUUGUGAUUACUUUCUUUUUCUAUUUAAUUUAUUAAAGUGGGACCUCCCCGGCUACAUCAUUUUCUGUCUUUGUAUCUACUGGAGAAUCUGCAGCUAUAGCAACAGAUGCAUUGCCCCUAGUAGAUGUUUAACUAGAACAGACAGAAGGGAGAGACACUUUAUUACACUCCGUGCUUUGUGAUUUACAGCAUCAUCGUGGUUUAUUUAUUACAAUAAUGGUCAGGGAGACGUUCAGAAAAGUGUGCUCCGGGAGAUCUCGGGUGGAGUUUUAUUCCUCCCUGCGAAAGCUUUCGGCUAAGUAGAGUGUCAUAGGUUGAGCUCAGGUGAGGUCCGAUUUAUUGUGGAGCGCUUUCAUCAAACAAGCUAAUCACAAAGGUCUUCCUGCAUCAAAAUUGCUUUCAACAAAUGGUAGCACUUCCUGUGUACUCAGAAAAAGAUUCCCUGGAAACAGCAAAGGGGGCAGCAGGUGUCUGCAGAUGUGAAAGCUUUCAUGAGCUGUGUUCACCGACUGAAAUGGGAAUAAUUCAGAAACAAUUGGCCACAGUGUUUUAUCAAAGCAUGCAACACAUGGUGAGUCACAAUUUGUUUUCUGUGAGUUUAAUGUGUUAGUCGUGUCUCAGCUGUUUCUGUGAUUAUCAAGAAUUUUCAAGGACAGGGAGGGAACACACGGAAUUCUGAAAAGUAGCCGUAGUACAAAAUAAUACUAUCGGCCUUGAAAAUCACGUAUUGGUUAAACCCUAGACGCAGGACUGUAACGCAGCACUGUCGAGGGUCAGGUUCCCUGGCUACCUCUUUAUCCGGAGGCUGGCAGCCGUCUGCUGCGUGGUACUGUAUUACACGGGAGGCUUUACGGACGGAGGGAUCUGGUUUUUGUUCGGUAGGAUGGAAGUGGGUGGCGGUCCUGAGCCCUCUGAAAAGAGAAGCCUCCUGUACUUGCACGAGGUCUUUUGUUUGGGGGCCUGUGUGUUUUGACAAGCCUAAGAGGGGGAAAGACAAUAGAGAGGCCAUGGCUGUAUCCUGACAGGUUUGUGCGGUACAUGUAGGCUGCUACCCUCCACUUGUGUUGUUCUCCACCGUCAUCGACAAAUCUCUCUUUCUCUCCUUGUCACAGCUGUAUCAGAUUUGUUUUAAUAAGCGCUUGAAUUAGCACCUAUUUGAUUAGAAUCCAUUUAAUUGCCGCUUGGCAGAAUGUGUUGUCGCAUGUGUCUUCAAUGUGUGCCUCUUGUUUGUAUGUUACGUGUGUUCUCCUCUGUGUGCGUGUGUGGUCUUAUUUGUGUGUGUCGAUUAUUGUGUGUAUGUGUCUGUAUAAGUGGCUGUGAUGAAAUGCUUGCCUACUUGGCGGCGUCUGAACAUUUAAGUGUCAAAGUGCCAUCUUUGCAACGUCAGCCCACUAGGGUCACUACAUUAAUGGGAUCUGCCGAGGCCCCUGCCCCUGUUUUCAUAGCCCUGUGCCU